CAAAUUUCCACACUAAAUGUUUUUCAGCAAUUUAAAAUUCUUUGUGCAACAAGAGACAAUAAAUCUUAGUGCUAUUUUGUACAUUUACAUGCAUUCGCACAGUUUUUCAUGGCGCAAUCCCUGAAUUUGAUUUAGCUGCUGACCUAAACCAAAAUGUUAUUUUGGUUUUUGUGCAGGUAUUCAUUAUUCUAAGUAAAUCCCAAAUAAUUGCACUAAUAUGUGCCCUAUCUUUCCAUAAGCUGCACAGCAGGAUCUAAAUACACAUUAGAGUCUUAUUGGUGAAAAAUCAGGGCCAUGUGUUAAAACCCUUCUUAGAACCUUCUUAGUGUUGUAGUACUCACCAAGUGGCUUCAACAAUAAACUGACCUAAGGGAACUUGUUAGUCGGUUCUGUUAAAAUACCCAGAGGAUAAGCAAUGGUCAAAAUGUAAAGGCCAAGGUUAUGAGGUUAGGAAAGGAUCGCGGUUAAGAUAAUUCUUGUAUCAUAUGCGACCCCUCCUCAGGCAGGUUUUUUAACCAUUUGUGUUUUCGUGGAUCAGCUUUUCUUUAGAUUUGUGUGUGUGAGAUGUUUCUUACAGUAGGUGCAUCAUGUAAUGUCUUAAUCUGUGACAUCGCCACUGUCUGUGGUACAUCACGGAUUUGUGAAGUGUAAGAUUAGAGCCCUAUGUCGUCAUAAAUCUCUGCUUCCCAAUUCGGCCGGGUGGUGGCGGGUGGGGCAGUUGCAAGGUGUUGUUUGUGGUCUGUGGAUUUGUUGGAUAAAGCGUUUGCUCCUAAUUACGGUCAACUCCAUCAAGUCCUUUCAGAUCAGGAGUUAUUUUCUUCAUUUCGUGGCUUGAUGCCAGCUCAGGUUUUUCUUUUUUGAGAGCAGAUAGUUCUCCGGGUAGACCCAGAAGUUUUUAUGGUGCUCUGCUGAAGGUCUUCAUCAUGAACUAUUGCAUUCCGGACAUGUACGAGAUGCCUCACACCGGCGUCGGAAGCUAUUCGGUGCAGGGAGGUGGGGAAUAUUGCAUGUACUCGGACGAAGGGUCCGGGUAUGGCAACUGUGAGCCUCAGCCCCUUCAUCAUCCACCCUGCAUGGAGCAGGCUUGGUCCCCCAGCCAGCACUACUCGUGCUCCUACGCCGCGGGUCCUUCUGUUUUUAAGAGUGAGUUUUGCAGCAUGGAGGUCCCUCUCAGUCACUUCCACCAGCCUGAGUACUUCCCCGAGAUCAAACCUGAAUUUUCACACCUGCGGUGGAUGCAGAGUGCGCACAGAAAAGGGUACAUACCAAGUUACCUGGACAAGGAUGAGCUAUGCGUAGUGUGUGGGGACAAAGCUACAGGCUACCACUAUCGCUGUAUUACCUGUGAAGGUUGCAAGGGAUUCUUCAGGCGGACAAUCCAGAAGAAUCUCAAUCCAACUUACGCCUGUAAGUACGAGGGCAAAUGUGUUAUUGACAAAGUGACCAGGAACCAGUGCCAGGAAUGUCGCUUCAAGAAGUGCAUUGCAGUGGGAAUGGCAACAGACUUGGUGUUGGAUGACAGUAAGCGGCUGGCCAAGCGGAAGCUAAUCGAGGAGAACCGGGAGCGCCGUCGGAGGGAGGAACUGCAGAAGACGGCGUGGGACCGACUGGAGCCCACCCAAGAGGAGUGGGACCUCAUCCGUAUGGUGACCGAAGCCCAUAUGGCCACAAACGCCCAGGGCAACCACUGGAAGCAGAAGCGGAAAUUCCUGGUCGAGGAAGCAAUGCUUCUUAAUGAAAUAACAUGUAAUUUAUUCUAUACUUCUGACCAGAGUGCAGCGGGGGUGAAGGAAGCUAAGCCUGAGGAUAUUGGUCAAGCGUCCACGGAUAAUGCACCUGAAGGAAGUAAAGUGGACAUAGAAGCCUUCAGUCAGUUUACAAAAAUUAUCACCCCUGCCAUAACCCGUGUGGUGGACUUUGCCAAAAAACUGCCUAUGUUCUGUGAGCUGCCUUGUGAAGACCAGAUCAUCCUGUUGAAAGGCUGUUGCAUGGAGAUCAUGUCGCUGCGGGCUGCUGUUCGCUACGAUCCAGAAAGCGAGACCCUCACACUCAACGGCGAGAUGGCAGUGACACGAGGUCAGCUCAAGAACGGAGGCUUGGGCGUCGUCUCAGACGCCAUCUUUGACCUUGGCGUGUCGCUGUCCUCCUUUAACUUGGAUGACUCUGAGGUGGCUCUUCUGCAAGCUGUUAUCCUGCUUUCAUCCGAUCGUCCAGGCCUAACUAGUGUGGAGCGAAUCGAGCGUUGCCAAGAGGAGUUCCUGUUGGCCUUUGAACAUUAUAUCAACUACCGCAAACACAAAGUGGCACAUUUCUGGCCCAAGCUGCUAAUGAAGGUGACAGACCUGCGGAUGAUCGGCACCUGCCACGCCAGCCGAUUCCUCCACAUGAAAGUGGAGUGUCCCACCGAGCUGUUCCCUCCUCUGUUUCUGGAGGUCUUCGAGGACUGACCAGUGGAUUUCUGUGUGUGUGUGCGUGCGUGUGUGUGCGCCUGGGCACCCUGGUGGUCUCAGGGGUGGAACCAGCAGAAAGCCCGUCACAACGAACCUUCUAACAGCACUACUGAGUGUCACUUCAUUCCACCUUAGAGUAGCUCUCUGGUCUAUUUUUGGAUGAAACCAUUCCUGACAGUGCGGGUACAUGUGAAUAGCUUUUUGACUUUUCUGGUUUGUUCUGUUAUUGUUGUCAUGGAUAUAACAUCUCACCUCAGAUUUGACUCUAGGUUUUUUGUUGUCAUUAUUGCAUCAUGGUAAUCUUAUCAACACUUGUUUGUUCGUUAGAAGCCAAGCACAUGUUGUAUAUUCCUUCCUUUAUGUUGAAAUACUCGGCUGCUCGCCUCAUCCACGACACGAGACGCCGUCAGCAAACCCGCUCCACUUUACCGCAUUAAUAUAUCAACCUUCGUCCAUCUGGUGAGUGUCCAGUCUCUCCGGUGCCUCGCCAUCCUACUGUGACCGUUAAAAACGCGUACUCUAACGGACGGCAGCUCGCAGGUGUCUGCAAGUCUCUCGGCAGCCGCACAUUACGAGGUUAAGUUGCAACGCUGCAUUCCAGAGCUGUCGGAAAAACAAACGUCAGCUCGAGACACGCUCCGAGCGAGAAACCUGAGCAGGAUUUUGCAAUAUUAAAGGGGACCUGUGUGUCUUUUCUCAGUUGAUGUUGCAAUGCUGAUUGUUCCUAUUAAACAUGACCAAAGUUUCAAAUCAUUUACUAAAUAUAUGUAAAAACAAUCCCAGCACUUGGACUGCUAUUAAAUCGAGGUUUCCAAAGGUUUUUCUCGCACCUUCUGUGACACUCGUUUGCUGCAGGCGGUAGAGCUCGUCCUGAGCCAGGCUUCCCGAAGCCGUCCUAUUGGAAGAAAGUGGCUCGUUAGGUAAGGCGAACCUUAACGAGGCAGAGCUAAACAGGAUGCUUUUAGUCAAAGGAUAAACCGACAGUCUGCAUGACGCACAAAUCUAAGGACACUAGUCUGUUGGAGUGUCUCUACUAGAGUAAUGAGUCCCCUCAAACUUCACACGGUGGCAGUGCACACUGCAAACACAACUUCUCUCUGGCCCUUCACACACACACACACACACGCUGGGCUUUCAGCUAACAGUAAGUCUACUUACUCAACCCUUAAAAUGAUAUGUGGCAUUUUGCAGGAUAUUGCAUAAAUACUGUUGCACUACAGCAGCAUAUAUGGGCCAGCAAAAUAGUCAAAGGUCAGCUCUCUGUUUAUGAGCAGGAAGCAUCUUUGUGUCUGGCUGAAAGCAAAGAGUGUUUAUGAAAUCAGAGUGUGGACACUAAUAAACUGAGAGAGUGUCUCUCGCUUGUUGUUAAUUGCCUUUGGACUUAUUGUCAGACAGCAUGAUAUGACCGGUGCUUUGAUACUUUAUAGACUAAUGAUUAAUUAGCACAACCUCAAAGCAUUUCAUAUGCAACUCUGACAGAUUAACUGAAAAUGCAGAGGUUCUGUGCGUUCAAACCUGUACAGUGCAAAAUAUCUUGCUCGAGUUUCUGUUUGUCUUUAUUUCGACAAGAAACAAAACGACGAAACAACAAAACCAAAACUGCGAUGUAGACGUGAGCGACAGUGAAUGGAAUGCAGAAGCAGCAUUAAAAUGAGCCGCUCGUCGUGCCGGAGACUCGUCACACGGUGGCACUGAGGCCAGGAUCGUCUGUGUGUCACAGUACUGCAUGUUGUGCCAAAACCAGGUGAACAAUGCCCUCACUGCAUCCUCCCCCCACUUCCUUAGUUGAGUAUAAAUUGGCUCCCUGUCGGUCCACACACAGGCUGUCCUAUUUACUGUGUUUCAGUCUGCGGUUGGAACUUCAACUAUAAGACCAGCAUUAGAUUUCAGUGUUUCAUCUCAGCCAUGUUGCCUCAAAGUCAAAUAAUUAGUCAGCAUUUUUUCUGUUUGUUUAGUGUCUCCGUGAGUGGACGUGGGCUUUCUAUUAAAACAGUGAAGUCAUGGUGCUAUGGUGAGUUGGGGCUAUGGCUGAUUGAAGCGUAUUGUUAUUUACAUGUGUGAAUAAGAGCCCGGCACCCUCGCAGGAUGGCAUGCAUAUAGUACAGUAACACACAUGCACAUAUACAGAAUGUACAGUACAUCUGUGCAGCUGUUGUGCAGCAACUGAUCAGCCACAACAAUAAGACUGGCACAGAUGCUGGGUCCCACUCGGGUACUGGCAGUGGUUUUUGGAGUGGGCCUCUGUCUGCCUCGGUUGGAGGGUUGGUAAAUGGGAGGGUUUACCAGCAGAGAAAACCAGUGUUCACCUGUAACUGGUUUUAGUGGUGUGGCUGAUUGGUGUAUUGCUCACACAGAUAACACAUGGGUCCGACUCCACAACUGUGACCGACCUGUGGCAUUCGGAGGCCAAGUAAACUGUAUGCUUCGCCAUCACCAAGGUACACUGACGAGGCUGGUGAGAUUGUGAAAAGUAGAGCUCUUUGUUCUUUAGCCUCUGGUUUUGUUUUGUUUCUUGAAAAGGCCUCGGUAUGGUAUUGCCGUUUGCAAUCUGACAGACCUCGGCUCUUUAUAUUUCGCUUUUUCGAGCUUCACACUACUCCUCAAAGCAGCUUGUAUUUUAUUUUGUUUCUUCUCAUUUCUGUGAAGUGAUGCCUUUUUAUCAAAGCAAUAGAAUUGCUGCAGUGUUUGAAUGACCCGGACCUCACACAUAUACACCUCGCAAACUGUACAGAUUCAGAUAAAUGCACAGACAAUCAGAGGGAGAGGCACCCGAGCUCAGGCUGGUCCCCGUCGACAUGAAGGGCCGGGCCGGGCCCCACUGAGACGGAGCCAUUCAGAAACGUAACGGUUGGCCACGUUUACAUGCACCCCUGCGUCUGCAGCCAACGAAAGACUUUGUUAUGUGAAGAAGCCUUCGACGAAAGCUGUCAGAACGCGCAUCCAACAUCAACGAGCUAGACUCAUUAACGUAACAUCACCUGUUUUUCUAAUGAAAUGAAUGUCUUCAUGUCUCAGUAGCAGGGGCUGGCUGCACAAACACAUCAGAAGUUGGCUGACUAUCUAAUGUUCAACCCAACAGUCCCAGGAUCUCAGCUCAGGACCUCAAUGUCCCUUUGGUGUGCUUCUGUUGGUUAGAACAUGUAGAUUGAACAAAGUCAUGUAAAAAGCAUCAUUUUUAUGCGGUAAACAUGGUUUGUUGUUGCACGUUCCCGGUUCUUAGGCUCUCUUUCACGUCUUUUUUUAACUAAAGACUUUUAGUCUAGUCUCAGGAAUUUGGCAGUGUAACUUUUCAGACAUUCAGCUAAAGUAGCAGCAACUAUUGUUUGCAGCCCGAAAAACAAAAAGCUGUGUUUGCUCUUGAUUUGGCCUGCCAGUCCUCCACCAGGAUAGUUGUUGGGCUGUAAUUAGCCGCUACCUCAUGAGCGGGGAAUUUUGGCCUGGGAAUCAAAACUGGAACUUUGUUACUGCUGUCAAAUGUAAUAACAGUUCCCGAGUUUGUGCAGAUGAUUCUGUUUUCCUGUGCAGGUAAAGAGACACUAAGAAAGCUGCGCAGAUUUUAACCACUGAAAGUCCAAAAUUAGGUGAUUGACAGCGUUAUGUGUAAUGUGUUUUUAUAGCGUGCAGUAGAUUGAACAAAGGUUUCUUUAACAGGCUGAUGAUAUUUCUGUGAAACCACACCCCCUCUGUGAAGCUGCCCGACAGCGCAGUCAUUCUCUUUGUGGCUUCAUGUUCAGGAUGCUCAUCAUAAGCAUAAAAUGAGCCACUGUGUGAUCAGGACAGUGACAGCCGUCAGUUUCUUUCACAUCAGCCCGUGUUCCUCCUUACUUUCUAGUUUGUUGCAUUUUUCAAUUUGCUGACUUCAGCUACAACGAGGGGAUUACUGAGACCACCUCCCUCAUGCUAAACAUACAGUUUGAAUAUUGCCCGAUGGUUUAUAGGUCAGUGUGGAGUAGCUUAACACAAAGAAGAAGAAGAGAUGAAAGUCAGAGCGUUGCAGGCUUACUCGUUGGAGGCAAAACAUAAAGGCAAGGGUGGCUCAAAACUUUUGCACAGUACUGUAUCUAAAGCCUAGCCCUGUGAUUGGAUGGAUGGAGCCAGCCUGUCUGUGCAGCCAGCCCCGUUGUCAGAGAAUGAACUUGAAGGUAGAGACGUCUCACAGUUAUCAUAAAAGUCACAUAGAUACUGUAAAACUAAUGCAGGUCACAGUUAAAGAACUGCUGAAAAACACAAUAAUCAAUAAUCAUGAAGAAGAAACAGUGUGAAACAGUGACCUGGAUAAAAACAAUGAGGAGGGCAUUAUUUGGUUUCUGUAAAAAAAUAUAUAAAUAACCUGUCAGUAAUACUUUCACUCAUAAAUGUAAUAAAGUCGAGCAGUUCAUAACAAUAAACCUGUCAGUUUUAUGGUUGAGGCAAAUGAUGGCCUUGAUGUAGUAAUAUAUCAUCAAACCUGUAAACUUAUUUCAGUCUGUGGGCGCUCUAAUAUGAAUCCUGAAAGUUUAGCUUAAAAAGCUGGAGAGCAGCCGGGCUCUUUGACAGCUCCUACCCACGUUCCUCUGGGUUCUCCCGAUGACUUUGUUGGCAUGUUGAUCAGUUAUCUGAGCGUUUUACUGAAAAAAGCACUGAAGAGGAAGUGAAACCAAAACAAGGAGUUAAAACUUGCAAAGAUCUGCAACAGUCAAAUAGUUCACAGCAGGAUGAUGAAUGCAGCUUUAAUCCAAAAUAAUCGACAUGUUUUUUUACACUUUGAUACAUAGUUUUACUUUUUUUUUUUUUAACUUUUUUGCGGGACGGCUAUAAAUUGGGUAUCUUGUAUCCUGGCUGUGUUCACUGAGCACAUACGCAGAGCUGUGGUGCACGUAAACGUCGUCAUUGCUCACCGCUGGUUAAGAACAUGUUCAUUUUACCUGAGGAGGUGAAUGUUGGCCGUGAUAUCUCCCGUGAGUUGUUGCUCGUAAGGUUUCUCAGUUACAACCAAUAGCAAGAGUUGCGCCAUAGAGAAGCUAUUUUACAGUACAAAGGAAAAGGAUGUAUAUUUUCAGACUGCAGAUUUUUUUUACGGAUGUUAGCAUAAUAUGAACAUAUUGUUUUUGCAUAGUGUUAAAAAGAUACAGUGUUGCUCUCAAAUGUAUUUCCACGUCUGAUGGAGACGUAUUUAAAAAAACAAAUGAUAAAAACAGUUAAAUUAGCUGGAUUCAUGUCCAAAAGAAACCACACAUGAGCACGUUUAGGGACAGCGUGGUCAGAAGGAGGCGGUCAUCCACAGUCGGCACAGAUUUCUCUUCUCUCCUUGUGUGUUUGAGUGUCUUCUUGUUUAAGUCAUCUGUUUAAUGCAAACUGGGAAUUCGACCGGGAAGUGCAGAGAGAUGUGAAAGUGAAUCUGUGGCAGAAAAAAAGGAAGAACAAAGAAUAUUGUGUUCCUCAAAUGGCUGUUGGACAUUUUCAGCUUGGAGGACUGAUGAUUUUGUUUUUGCCUGAUGGGGGAUGAUUGCAGAAUUUGUGAUUUGGGUCUUAAGAAUAAAGAUGGUUUUGAGAGAA